AUGGCACUUAUAUAUCUUCUCCUCCUCCCAAUCUUCAUCACCAUCCUCGUCGUCAUCACCGUUUCACGAUUUCUCACCACCUCUGCAGCUUCUAAACACCGCUCACCGCCGCUGCCUCCAGGCCCUAAGCCAUGGCCCAUCAUCGGAAACCUCCCUCACCUCGGCAAGCAAGCUCACAUCUCCCUCCAACACUUCUCCCAGCUGUACGGCCCUCUCAUCUCCCUCCGCCUCGGCUCCCAGCUCCUCGUCGUCGCCUCUUCCCCCGCGGCAGCCGCCGAAAUCUUGAGAACCCAUGACCGCCUGCUCUCCGCUAGAUACGUCUCCACAGGCCUGCCAUACGACAUGAUGGAGCUCGACCUCAAGGCGAUCGUUUGGGCUUCCAACUGCAGCAACGACCAGUGGAAGGCCUUCCGAGCAAUGUUCAGGAACCAGAUCUUCUCGGCGAAGGCCAUCCAAUCUCAGGCCGCCGCCAGGGAGAGGAAAGCUGCCGAGAUGGUGAGAUUUCUCGAGGGGAAGUUGGGGGAGUCGGUUAGUAUCGGCCAAGUGGUUUUCGCUGCUAUAUUUGACUCGCUGUCGAAUCUCAUGUUGUCGCGAGAUUGCAUAGGGUUCGAGAGUAGCGAGACAGCCAAUCGAUUGAAGUCACUGAUUUGGAGGAUGAUGGAAUUGAGGACUUCUCCUAAUAUCGCCGAAUUCUUUCCAAUUCUGAAGAAAUGGGAUCCCCAGGGGCUGAGACGUGAGACGUUUCGUUGUUGCAAUGAGCUCUACUCCGUUUGGCAGCCCUACGUCGAAGAGAGGAGAGAGCGUCGGCGGGGAGAGCGAUAUGGUGCUCAGGACUUCUUGGAUAUUUUCCUGGAAAAUGGACUCGAUGACGACCAGAUUGACUGGUUGAGUCUCGAACUGUUCAUGGCCGAUCCAGCGGAGCUGGAUAUGAGUGAGAAGUUUGGGUUCACGUUGCAAAAGGAACAACCUCUGCUUCUUGUUCCCAACCGAUGUUCAUUAUGA